CCCGUAUCGACGCAAAAGUGUUGCUUUGUUGUGAUUUUGCCAGCUGUCUCUUUUGAACGUCAGUGUGCAAAGUAAAAUCAAGGAAAAGCCGGUGAAAUUAUUGAGAAAGAUUAGAAUUUGAUCUCUUCUACCUUAAUUUCCACUAAAAUAAUUUACUCGAAAAAUGACAGAGCAGAGCAACAGCAAAGAGCGUUUGGAAGUGAGUUACUUCAUUGAAGCUGCUUUGGAGACGGAAGUUUCGGAAGAUGGGAAAAAUAAGCACCAGGUCAAGUGCCAACGAUGCCCGUCACUCAUUAUGAAGGAGAACAUUGGCGCUGUCAAGGAGAUAACUUUUGACUUGCCGAGCAUGAAGAAAAAGGACGAACAGGAAAGUGGUGUCGAGCAAAUCAAGCACUUCUGGAUGGUGCCCGACAUGUUCCAGUUUGAAAACGUUGGUUUUUCGAACACCGUCGGCAACGUCAAAUUCCUGACCUGUGCCGAUUGCGAAAUCGGGCCAAUCGGGUGGCACGACCUGGACUCCAAGAACAGCUACGUUGCACUCAACAGGGUCAAUUACGGUGACUAACUCUAGUAACUCUGUCAAUUUAAUUCACACCAAUUUUCUCUGAAUUUGAAUCAAGACUGACAAUGAGUUGACCAAUCCAACUAUUGUAAUGCAGAGUGAACGCUCACUUUUCUGCUGAAUAUCAUCACUUACAAUUACUAUCACUGCAGAAAAAAAGUUUAAUUUUUGGCCAAGGAAAUAUUUAAUUUUAUUUUAAAUGUGUAAACAUAAAUUAAAAUAGUUCACUUAAUUUUGUUCACAAAUAAAGGCAUGGAGGUUGCAAUCAUGAAUUUCUAGACUGGUUGAAAACAAUGAUAUUGAUUA